AUGAAUCAGUUUGUUGCUAGAUUUUCUACCUGUUCGGCAGAGGACUGCAAGGCUCCUGGUGUGAGAGGCAUGUUUUGUCACACUUGCAAGCAGCAUCUAUGUGCCCGAGAUCUGCGACCAGUGUAUCACACAUGCGCAUCAGCUGUCGAGCUGAGUGAAGAAGAAUGGGUGGCCCGAGUUGAAGACGAAAUAUCACAACUUGUCGAUCAAAUCAAUGUUCCAGAGCUGGAGAAGAGGGCAUCGAUUCUCAAGGGGGAUGUCGCAUGCUACUUCAAUCCCAGCAACUACCAUGACGCGAUGCUGGGGAAUGCUAAUUAUCACGCCUGGUUGAUCUUUGAUGAUGGAGACAGAUGGCUUGUACGUACUCCAAGGACAGUGUUCUACGACAUUCCACAAGACAUGGUCGAGUAUUUCAUCGCAAGCGAAUUUGCGACGCUAAAGUUCUUGGAGCCUACCAAAGUGCCUGCUCCUAAGGCUUUUGGAUUUGGGCUUGCUUCUGAUGAGAACAAUGCUGUUGGCGUGAGCUAUUUGCUCAUGGAAUGCCUUCCUGGCAAGCCUUUCGACAGUGACCUCCUAGGAGCGAAACCUCAGCAACGACAAAGCAUCCUCGCACAAUUUGCGGAGAUAUUGAUCGAAAUCUCAAAACUUCCCGUUCCGGCAGCAGGGUCGCUGGUUUCCAGAGAUGGCCAAACCAGUGUGUCCAAGAUAGCGAGCAACCGCUUUGUUCAUCUCGAUCUAUCCGGACCUUUCUUCACUACGUCUGACUACUUCGCCGCUAUAUCUGAUCAAUACCUCGAUCUGGUUGCCGAUGGUCAGGUACACCCCCAAUACCCUACUGAAGCAUUUGCAUUCUACUUGUUAGCACGCAGAGAAGCUCGGGCCUUCGAACGGUCGACUACCGUCAGUCCAGAAGAAUUCUUCCUCAAGCAUGUCGAUGAUAAAGGGGAUCACCUGCUGCUCAACGAUCAAGGCAUCAUCACAGGCAUCAUAGACUGGCAGUUUGCUCGUUUCGUCCCUGCUAUCGAAGCAUUCGGUCCCUCCUACCUCACCGCCAACCUUGGAUGGCUGUACUCGAGUAACACCGGAAUCACUACUCUAGACAAGCAGCUUGCGGCAGAACUACGUCAACGAGGCGCAGGCAACCUCGCCGGAUACAUGGAGAGCCACGAGAUUGCAAGACGCUUCCAUCAUGGUCUUGGUCAGGAUGUUACGAAGUCGGAGGCACGCGAAAUGCUGGAGGCCUGGCGAAAAAUCCUCCAGGAGGUCAUACCGUCGGAUCUAGACUUGUGGAUGGCUGGAAUCUGUGAUAAGGACCCGCGUUGGGAGAAGGUACUACGACUUUCACAGUCUUGA